AUGGCCCUUGAGCCUGGCUCUGGCCGACGGUCCGUCUCCCCCGAGAGCUCAGGCCGUGACUCCCCUCUCCCGCGUCAAUGGAGGAACCAACUCGGCGCCGAAGAGGCGCCGAUCAAGGACAAGCACUACCGUAAAUACGCAUCCGGCAUUGAGCGAGCCCUUUCACUAUUCGAGACGGCCUUGCAGGAAUGGGCAGACUACAUCUCCUUUUUGAACCGCCUCCUGAAGGCACUUCAAGCUCGACACCCCUCCACCACCACCAUCCCUUCAAAAGCCAUCGUCGCAAAGCGCCUAUCACAAUGUCUCAAUCCCUCCCUGCCGUCAGGUGUGCACCAAAAGGCACUCGAGGUCUACAGCUACAUAUUCGCGAUGAUAGGCACUGAUGGCCUUUCCAAGGACCUGCCCCUAUACCUUCCGGGCCUGGCCUCGACUCUCUCAUUCGCCUCCCUCUCCGUCCGAUCCCCUUUUCUCGAUCUACUAGAACACCACUUCCUCGAUUUGGAUCCCCGAUCGCUCCGACCGGCCAUGAAAUCCGUUGUCCUGGCUCUCUUGCCCGGUCUUGAGGACGAAACGAGCGAAGACUUCGAUCGAACACUGCGGUUGAUGGACAGCUUCAAGGCCGCAAUUCGUCCAGCGGGUAGCCAAGAACUAGAUGGUCCGCAUUCGGUCGGGGACGACUUUUUUUGGCAAUGCUUCUUCUUGGCCUCUAUCACGGGAUCGAGUCGCAGGGCUGGAGCCUUAGCCUACAUGGUGAGAAACCUACCCAAGUUAGGCGAGCCGGUUGUCCAUGGAAAAUCCGCCAAGAAUGGCGUCCAAGACGAUGAGCAAUCUGCACCGCUUGCGAAGAUGGUUACUUCACCCGAGCCAGGGCUACUUCUACGCUCGUUUGCUGCCGGCCUUGCGGACGAACAGCUGUUGAUUCAACGCGGCUUCCUAGACCUUUUGGUCACUCAUCUUCCUCUGCACUCGAAAGUUUUGCAAACGAAUGUCAAACCGGGUGAUUUGGAACUCCUUCUCCGUGCGGCAGUUGGUGUCGUCAUUCGGAGGGAUAUGAGUCUCAACAGGCGGCUUUGGGCAUGGUUCCUCGGCCCGGACCCCGCGCCGGGAGAAAGCGAGAGUGGCUUCGACUCACCCUCUUCAGCAGAUCAACAUAAUUCAUAUUUUGCAUCCAAGACCAGCUAUUUUGAGGAUCAUGGGCUUCGGCCUCUAACCCGAGCCCUCCUGGGCAUGAUCAAUGUUGACCGGGGAUCGAGCCCCGGAGAGAGGGCCAGACCUUAUAGAAUCUGCCUGUCAUUAAUGGAUCGAUGGGAGAUUGGCGGACUUGUUGUCCCCGAAGUAUUCCUCCCAAUCGUCAAUAGUGUUCGGCACUAUAGAGACCAAGCGCCCAGCAAAGCCGAUUUCAACGAGGUGUUCCGCAGUGCAAGUGUAUUCUUUGACGGCGUUGAGAGUGGUCUGAUCUACGGCGAGAUCGUCGGUCUGCUAGCACAAGCUAUAGGCCCAGGAACCUUGGCUGAUAACGAGCGUCUCGACAAACUCGUUUUGGUUAACUUCAUCUUGGCCAACUUCAACGUUCGCGAGGAAGAGAUGAUUACUAUCCAUGCACCACUUGCCGCUUUAUCUAUUCUCUGCAUGCUCGAAGACAUAAGGGAGAAGCAGGAAGCGGGCCCUGCACAGGAGAGCUCGCAUAAAAUCGCUGAGGAGGCAUUGCGCAUCACUUUGACCGUCUUAGACCUCAUUCCGGACCGAGCAUUCCCCUCAGCGGCUGCCAACAACCCCAAAAGAACGAUGGAGACCGGUGUCUUGGCAUCAUUGCCUGCAGUCGAACUCCUGAAACGGAUUAAGGCAUUUUACGUCGAUGAACAAGGCAAUCUUGAUGCAGUUCAUGUUCCCCUUUCUCCCAUCGAGGUUGGAGAGCUUCUGUUGCAGAAAACAGGCCAGCUUAUCUGCGAAGGUCUCAAGAACCCUGAGUCAGGGUCAGAUCUGGGAGCCAAGGGAAGGGUUCUAACCACCCUGUUGCUCAAAGUGCCGACGACCUAUCAACUGGAUACGGCGUACCUUUUGUCCUGCCUUCAUGAACGCUUGCGGCACUCUGACAGAUUGCCGUUUACCUCUUUUAACUCCAUUCUCUAUCUCUCCGCUCACCUCUACUCUGCAGAGAGGAUAGAGCUGCCGGACCUUACUGAACUCGUCAAUCCUCUUGUUCGGCAGGCCUGGGAGUUCUUGUCUGCUUCUGAGCCAAAAUACCACGUUGAAACAGUCAGAUCAUUGUGGCAGCUUCAGGCUGCCCUUACUUCACAGAACCGUGAUAUAGAAGCUGCGCUUGCCAGCCUGAUCAUUGAAAAUGAUGUCCAAGGAUCAUUCGCAUCACGCCCAGCUGAUGCUGGUCGCCGCUUCAGCGUGCUGUGGUCCCAUACGCUACAAGAUUCUAACGCCGAAAGACGAGGCUCCAAGACGCCCAUGACUGAAAUGCCCCCUCAGGCUCGAUUGGCAGGUUCGGAAAACUACCACGUCAUGUUGGAGCGGCCUCUCUUCCUCAUGCUAGAUGCUCUCUUGGACGAGCGAACCCAGUUGUUCAUGACUGUUAAGGGAUGGUUAAACAGCUUGGUAGGCAUUGACAAAUUGUUUCUGCUCUUCGUGCGGAAGUUUUCUGCUUUAGGGUUUCUUAGAUCAAGUCGCGAGAUUGGCUCAGCCGCCACUUCGGCCAGUUCAACUACCUUUACCGCAGACGACGACUUAGAUCUUUGCCUCUACUACCUGAGAACAUUGUCCAAUGUUUUCCGUUGGGCCCCGGAUAUCAUAUGGGCUGUGUUGGCAUCGACGAGUCUUACAGUCGGUAGCGAGCAUGCAGAGAUCGCGCAGAUGACUGGCCAAGAAGGCGACAUCACUAUGCAAGAGGUAUUUGUUCACGUCUGUUUGAGAUGUAUCGCCGGAAACAACGAGCCUGCGGAUGAGCACAUUCGCGUUCGGGCCACGCAACUUCAUCGCUACGCCCUCACCGUCAUGCAUCAGAUCCUUUUGAACCCUUACGCCGAACCCCUUGCCCGUUUGCACCUUGAGAACGUUCUUAUCGAGCGUCUUCUCCAGUCUCUCAGCGGGCCCGAUCCCUACGUUCAGGUCCUUCUCUUGGACGUCGUAUUCGAUGCAUUGAAACUUCGAGACGUCGUCAUCUCCGACGUUCCUGCUUCUCCAUCAUCAGAGAAGAGGAAGAUGAGCCUUGACCCUACCAAGAGCCUCAGAGUGUCAUCACAGUUGGAUAUAAAGCCAACAGCUCCGCCGCCCAACCUACUCAAGUGUCUCCAGGCCGGGUUGAGCUCGCCUAGCAGUCGCAGUGUUCUUGACAGUUGGGUCAGCUUCUUGACAGAAUGCUUGCCCUUCUACUCGGAUACCAUAUUCCAAGUGCUCAUUCCUUUGGUGGAAACGCUUUGUCGGCAGGUUUCGAAUACCUUCAACGACUUACAAUCCAUGUUCAGAGAUAGCGGCGGUUCUAGGAAGGGUGAUUGGAACGCGCCUGAGUCAACGCUAAUAUCCCUUCUCAAUGCUCUAGAGCAAGUUCUGGCCCGGGCACACGAGCGACUUCUGGUUGAAGAAGCCAGAACGCAAGUCGUCAAGGGCCCAGAUCAGCAUCCAGGAUUCUUUGGAAACAUGGUGUCGGGUGUCUUCAACUCAGAUGCACCACAAACCCGGAGUGCCACCGCCAAUGACAGACUCACUGUCCAUCUUGCGUUCGCGGAUGCAGUUCGCAUUUGCUUUACAAUCUGGUCAUGGGGUCAAGGCAGCGACAUGAAUGCUCAAGAUAUGACUUCGAUUUUCUCUUUCAACUACACAUCACUUCGUAUGAGAAAUCGAGCUAGACGGCUAUUGGAGCAUCUCUUUGCCGCCGAGACCUUGGAGUGCCUCGAAACGGUCAUUGAGAUUUGGCGGAGCUCAAUCAAUAUUACUACGCCGGCCCCUCAGUCCGAAGUGUUCAAUCUCCUCCCAGCAUUGGACGGUUCUCGACCCAAACACACCAUUCCUGCCAUAUUCAAUGCCAUCUACAGCAGGACGAACCCCGGGGCGUUGGACGUCUCAAGGAAAUCGACUCUGACAACGUCUCUUCAAGAUAUAGACCUCGUCACGUUCUUGGUUGAGUACGCUCGCUCGCUUGAGGACGACGCAAUGGACGAGAUAUGGCUUGACUGCAUGGCAUUCUUGCGCGACCUGCUCACUAAUCCUUUCCCGCACCGGCAGACGCUGCCAGGUCUGUUGGAAUUCGCCGCUAUUCUGGGAGAAAAGGUGGACAACACCAACUUUGGCGAGCAGCGGAAGAUGAGGCGGGAGCUUGGGGAUCUCUUCCUCCGGCUUCUGACCGCAAUAUUCACAACCAAGCCCAUGACAUUCGCGGAUGCACCGCCUUACGAAAAGUCGGAGAAGAAUCGGGAUGGUGUACGCCGAACUGCCACGUUAUCCUUGGCCACCGUUCUUGAUAGAGCUGAGGAUGUGGUGGCUAUCCUGGCCUCGGUCGUUCCAAACCUGCCCAAAAUCUUGGUCGAGACAGACCGUGUGUUGUCUGCCGCAGGCACUAUUUCGACAAACGUUAUCAACCCAGCUUUCAGAGCCAAAGGAUUUCCUGACACGGUGUCCAAGAACACUCUUGUGCUGCUUCAAGAACUGUCCAGGUUACCUAAUAACCAGAAGACCUGGAAGAAAGACGUUGGAGAUGCCUUUAAUGACGCUAGGUUCUUCGGCUCGAGCAUCGAUCUGGUGCGAAGCGACUGGUUGCCGUUACUAAGACAAUGGACCAUUAGCGACAAGGAGCGUAUGCCCGAGCUCCUGAGUCGCAUGACUCCGCCCACAACAGCCGGUAUCGUCUUCGGCGUCGGCGCCACUUCCGCCCGUCUAGAAGCAGACCGGAAGACGCAACUCAACCUCCGUCGCACUGCCACACUGGUCCUCGCCUCAAGCGAGGAUGCUUUUGUUGCAGAGCUUCCGACCAUCAUGGACAAGGUGGUGGAGCUGCUUGGGGCCACGGCGACUUCUUCACCUUCCUCCACUACCCGGGCAGAAAUCUAUAUGCUCGUCCGCGCGCUGGUCCUCAAGACCAGUGCUAUUCAUCUGGCCAUGAUGUGGCCAGUGAUCAAUGCCGAGCUCCACGCAGCCAUCUCGUCGGUCGUGGCUGCUGAUCACAGCACAGCAUCCGACACUUACAAUAACAUCUCCGUCCUGCAGGCCUGCAAGCUGCUAGACAUACUAAUCUGUGUUGCACCGGACGACUUCCAGCUCCAUGAAUGGCUCUUUGUCACCGACACAAUCGAGGCCGUCUAUCGAUCCACCAGCUACCAGCCCGUUGCAUUGGUUGACGAGCUUGCGGAGGAGCUCGGCACUAUGGGUGUCAGCUCAUCACUAGGGAGCAUUUCAGCAUCUCACCUGGCCACAAGCAGCUCAAACAGACGGCCGCUGCUCGGCGUGGGCGGCAUCAAUGACGAAAUUAGUAUCGACAGGAAAGAAGAGUUGGUGGGAAAGAUUCUCCGUCCGUUUUUUGGGCAGCUUAGCAUCUUCGCUUUCGAGUCGACAUACGCGAUGGCACCGCUAGACAGGGAAUUUUGCACCCAGGGGUUGCUGAAGGAUUUGUUCGACGAACGUAGUGUGGUCAAGGCGUUGUAA